AAAAUGAUGAGGGGAACAAAAUAAAAAAUAAAAGAAAUACUAAGGAGGGAAGGGUGAAUUAACAAAUAAAAUAAAUGACAUGGAAGAAAAUUAAAUGACUAGAAAAAAAAUACUAGAAACAGGCAAGAUCCAUCUCUUCAUUCAAUCCAGUAGGGGUUAUUUGUUAUUUAUUUUAUUUUCCCCUAAUUUUUUAUUUUUUUGUAAUCACCAACAACCUAUUGAUUAAGCACAGCUGGCAAUUUGUAAUUGUGACUAUAGUAGAUUGGUGUUGCUUUUUGUUCCAUGAGCACUGAAGAAAGCGUUGACUCUUUUUCACUUUGCAGAUGUUAAAUUAAAGUAUUUUUAGUGAUAGACCCUUGUUUUGGUCUAAUUGUAUGUUUUUCAGUGUGUGGACAAUUUUGGCUAUUUGGUUGAUCUAACUUUUUUGAUUUACGCACGUGAGAAUGGACUGGUUAUCUUUUCUUUUUGAGCAGAUACAAUAUAUAUAUAUAUGUUUUGUGUAGGCUGUUAGUCAAAGGAAAUUGAAACCUUAAGUAAUUUUGAGCUAAAUUGUGUAUAUGUUAGUUUAUACUCUGUACACACCCUUAUAAUAAUGUAAUACUGAAUUUGCAUAUUUGCAAGAGGUGGGAGGAGCUGAUUACACUGACUCAGGGUGUGUUUUAGGUACUGCCUGUCCUCUUUUGGAGCUCUAUUUAGGCAGCAGCCUGACCAAACACAUCUCACUUUUCCAGCUUUGACCAGACCAGCUGCUCUUGAGAAGAAGUUCAGACUGCAGUCAUCCAUAUCAAUUUCAUUCAAAGAUGUCCUACCCAACAACUGUAGAGCAAAUUGGUGGACAAGGAGGUUUUCCAUUUUCAUUAACUGGUGAGAACAACGGUGCCAGUUUAGAGAAGAUCUGGGUUUGGGUUGGAGAAUGGCAGGUGAAGGCUGUCAAGGUUUGGCUUUCAGAUGGGAGAGCUGAAACCUUUGGAAAACCAGUUGGAGAUCAUCAAGAGUUCAAGUUCCAGCCUGGUGAGUGUUUCACCUCACUGUCCUUGUGGGGGAACAGAGAAGGAUCACGUCUUGGAGCUAUCAGAUUCACAACCAGUCUUCAGAGAGGAUUCUUUGCAAAGAUGACAAGCUCAGGUUUACAAAAAGAAUAUCCCAUGGAUGUCGGCUCUGGAUAUUGUUUGGGAGUUGUGGGAAGAGCUGGUGGUGACAUCGACUGCAUGGGAUUCAUGUUUAUCAAUGCAGUUAAAUCAGUAGUUCUCACCAAUGUCAACUAUCCCACUAUCAAUCAACUGAUACCAGAGGUGGCAGUAGAAGAAAUAAAAAAAGUCACUUACAUGAAUGACUCCUCCGUCACUCAAAAAAAAAAAGUUGAAUCCUCAAAGAAAAUAACCAACAAAUCUUCAUGGUCUUUGAGUGCAAGUUUGACAGCAACAUUUAGGGUGGAAGUGAAGGCUGGGAUUCCAGUGAUUGCACAAAAUACACUAGGAUACAGUGUUAGUGUUGGAAUUGAAGGCACUUACAGUCACGAGCAUUCAGAAGAGAAAACCAAAACUCUGUCUGUUGAUAUCAGUGUGCCACCCAGGAAGAAGGUGGAAGUUAACAUCACCAUUGGAAGAGCCAAAUUUGACCUGCCUUACACUGGCACAGUGAAGAUCACCUGCUUGAAUGGCAGUAUGUUAAAGUAUGAAACCAAGGGCACAUACAAAGGCGUCACUUACACUGAUAUCAAAGUGGAGACUAAGGAAUCUCCUCUGUAAUGUUAAGACAGAUUGCACAUGUAACACAAGUUCUUUGAUUACUUCUAAUUUUGUCAAUCAUGUAUCAAUUGUUUUACAUUUAGGCCAAAUUGUUUGGUGUUUUUUGGUGGUUGGGUGUUUCCCCUGUGUGUGUGCGUGUAUACACACAACAGUUGAUGUUUUCAAAUAGUCUUAUAUGAUACCAAUACACAAAUAUUCAUAUAGAUUCAUACUUUGUGUAAUCACUUUAAAAUAACCUCUAGAAACAGGUUCUGUAAUAAUGUUUUUUAAAUGAGAUUUAAUUAAAAAUAAAAUGAUUAA